UACCCUAGUUUAUCCACGUCUUACACGAUUUUUCUUCACUAUUAAUUCAUAUUAGACAUCAUAAUUGUGAAUAUUUGCUGAAAAUAUGACUUGAAACUGAUCAACAAUGGGAAAGAUUUGCAAAGUAGUAGUUUGUGGAUCGGCCGGAGUGGGGAAGACGGCAGUAUUGGAACAGGUCAUCUAUGGAACACAUCGCAUUGGACAGGAAACAACAUGCCCAACGAUAGAAGACAUCUAUGUUGCCAACAUUGAAACGAACAGAGGGACCAGAGAGCGGGUCCGAUUCUACGACACCAGGGGUUUGACUUCCAGCAACCAAGAUCUCCCAAAACACUAUCUCAGCAUGGCCGAUGGGUUCUUAAUGGUGUACAGCACGACCAGCCAAGAAUCAUUCAACAUGCUGGAGUAUAUCAAAAAAGAAAUCGACAAACUCAAAGAUAAGGACAAGAAAGAGAUAUCUGUGGUAAUGAUAGGAAAUAAAGUUGAUUUAAAUCAACAGAGACAGGUGGACUUUAGAACGGCCAGUGAUUGGGCAGUCAAGGAAAAGAUCCAAUUCUUUGAAGUAACAGUAGCCAAUAGGAGCAGUCUCAUUCAGCCAAUCGUCUCGCUAACUUCUAAGCUCACGAUACCUCCGACCAAAUCAACCUUCUCCAUCUCCGUGAGGAAUUUCAAGCCGAAACAACUGCAAAGCUUUGGCGAUUCCUGAGACUAGUCCCACCCCUUCAUUUUGGUGUCACCUCAGAGGAUCAGUCACAAGAAAGAACAAUAACAUGUGCAACGUUAAAUAGGUUAUAGCUUUGACCAUCUUGUGUUGGUUCUACCCAGACUACCUUAAGGAGAGCUGUGGCAUUUACUGAGAUCAGUCCCACCAAUUCAUUUUGGUGUCACCUCAGAGGAUCAUUCACAAUAGAGAACACUCACAUGUGCAACAUUAAAUAGGUUAUAGCUUUGUGCUUCUUGUGUUCACUCUGGCCA